GCUUUCAAUUCUCGAAUGGAAAGCGCCGCCACGAGCUGGGUUAGAGGGCGCCGACUUGGGAUCGGCGCCCACGCCGUCGUACACCUCGCCGUCGACAACUCCACUGGCCAUGUCUUCGCUGUCAAGUCCCUCGGCUUAACCUCCUCCCCCCUUGCCUCCCUCCUCUCUCUCGAGAACGAGAUUCAAAUCCUCAAGACCCUCCGCUCUCCCUACGUCGUCUCCUACCUCGGCGACGACACGGUCGGGGGGCGCCGCGACCUCCACCUCGAGUUCAUGCCUAGCGGCACGGCGGCGGACGCGGCCAUGGGCGACGAGCUCCGCGUGCGCGCGUACGCCCGGUGCGUGGCGCACGCGCUGCGGUACCUCCACGACGUCGCCGGCGUGGUGCACUGCGACGUCAAGGGAAGGAAUGUGCUGCUGCACGAAGGCGGAGGCGGCCCGGUGGCCAAGCUCGCGGACUUCGGCGUGGCGGUGAGACUCGCCGCCGCUUCCGGCGGUUGGGUGCGCGGCGGGACGCCGUUGUGGAUGGCGCCGGAGGUGGCGAGGGGGGAGCUCCCGACGCCGGCGGCCGACGUAUGGUCGCUCGGGUGCACAGUGAUAGAGAUGGCUACGGGGGGAGCGUCCCUGUGGCCAGAUUUAGCCGGCGAAGACGCCGUCGGAGCGAUGCUCCGGAUCGGCUACGGCGAGGGAACGCCGGAAUUGCCGGCACAACUGUCGGAGGUUGGCCGUGAUUUCCUAACCAAAUGUUUAAGAAGAGACGCGAAAGAGCGGUGGACGGCGGAGCAGUUACUAAGUCAUCCUUUCUUAGCGAAACAGAGCACGGAAACAGAGCCAUCGCCGAGAGGCGUUCUCGAGUGGACCAGCAACGACGACGACGACACCAUCAAAGAAUUUGAAAGCAUCGCGCACAAUUACGAAGAGGAAGGCGGUGAGAUAAUCGCCGGCGCAAGGGAAAGAUUGAGAGAAUUGGCAUCCGGUGGAGGAGAUUUGAGUUGGUGGCCUGAAGGAUGGGAGCUGGUAAGGGGUGCAGAAGCAGAGGAGGGGGGAGAGGAGAACAGACAACAGAGAUGCUCUGUUUCUUGCUGUCGCUGCAAUGGCUGUAAUUUGUUUCAGAGUUGUUGCUGGUGGUGUUGGCACAGCGGUUUGUUCUUUGGCGUGUACCAUUUGUUGUCACAUCUACUCAUGAUUAUUAAUAUAAUUCUGCAUUCUCUUGAUUUGAAUUGCAAGUUUUAUGGAAGAAUUUUGAUUUUUUCCUCAAUCCAUUAUUUCUGA